AUGGAUCACGAAAUAAUUGAAUUAGAAAUCAAAGCUAAUAAACCUCAUGAAGGCAGUCCAAUAACUAUGAUAGAAAUAUCACCAAAUGCAAAAUACAUAGUUACUUAUAGUGAAGAAGACAAAACAAUAGUAGGAUGGAAUGUUAAAGAUGAUAAAUGUAAACUUAUACCUGAUUUCACCAUUAAUUCUGAUAAAAUUUUUCGCAAUAAUAAAACUGACGAAGUCGUUGCAAACGAUGAAAAAACGAUUUUUCACAUGUGUGUCUCUGAUGAGAAGAUGCUAGUACUUAGUUACGUUGAAUAUGGUUCACAUACUGAAGGGAACGUAAAUGAUUACUUGAAUUUAAUUGAUAUGAAGGAUCAAGAUCGAGAAAUGGAGUUAUAUUUUGAAUUUGGAAUUGAUCGAUUUUAUUGUAACUUUAAUUUAAACGGGGAAUUUAUUUUAUAUAAUAUAUCUAAAGUAUCAUUUUUUGAGGACGAAAGUUUUGACCGUUUAAACAUUUUUAAUAAUUUGGAAUAUUAUACAAGUAUUAUUUGGAUUUACUCAACUAAAACUGAAAUGUGGAAAUUACAAAAAAUUUAUGAGGUACCUCAAGGAGCGGAGUUGAUAGACAUUUCAAAACACGAUACAAUUCGAUUGCGUUUAAAUAACAAUAUAUAUGAACGGAGCAUAAAUGACAAUAAAAUUAUGUCAACAUUAUCCAAAACUUUAUGCGGGAUUAAAACGAAAGAUAUCACAAUGGCUUGUAAUGAAGUGUACAUUUAUCUGAAAAUAAAUACUGAAAUUACAGUCUAUUCAGUUAAAUUAGGGACGCUUAUUGCUUCGUUUGAUUUAAAAGCUGAAAAUUAUGAUAAAAUUUAUGAAUUUAUAAAGAAAGAUACCGGCCUACACUGUUUAUUACUUUCUUUAUUUGAUUAUAAUUCAAUUACAAGAAUUCGAGAUACUAUUAUUAAAAGCUGUAGGAAACUCUGCUUGGAACCCGCAAUUGGGAAUUUACAAAGCACUCCAAGUUUUUUUUAUGAUUAUCAAUUAAAAAAAUAUAUAUUUGUGAUAAUGGACGGAUAUGUAUGGAAAAUUAAAUUUGAAGAACUUGAAUUUGAUGAGUUAGAAAAAGAUUUAAAUAAUAAUUUAUCAAAGAAAUUCGAAGCCGAUGAGGUCACAGAAAGCUGGAAUGCAUAUUUCGGAAUAGAAGAAGAUAUCAGCGAAUAUGAGAAUCCAUUCAUUCCAUAUGAGAAUAUUAAUGAACCAGAUUUCUUUCAAGAGGUAACUCACGAAUAUGAAUAUGAAUUAAAGGGUGUUAAAAAGGUAAUUUACAUUUACGGUAAAAUAAAUGGAUUUAUUGGAUUACGUGUAAUAAGAAAAGAUAUCGAUAGUGAAAUUAAAAUAAUUAAAAAAACCAAAUAUAAAAUUAGCAUAAUUAUAUAUGAGGUUAAAUUAUUUGAUUGUAAGGAGAUUAAGGAGAUUGUUAUAAGUACAAAUAUUGGAUUUUUUAUUUUUGAUGAUAAUUUGAAUUUAAAUCAUUUUCUCAAUAUUUGUGAUAGAGGAUUUAAGCUCGAAUACUUGAUUGAUGAACCUUAUUGGAUUUCACAUGAAAAAAAUGAUCGAUACAAUUUUUUGAAUUAUAAUUUAGGACUAAUAAAUGCGAUUAAGAAACAUGAUAUUGAGACAGUAGAUGAUAUUUACAAGAAAUGCCUAGAUUAUUUUAAUCAAGAUUUAGUAAACAACAAGGCGUUUUUAAGCAUUAUCACAAAUUCUAUGCCAUUGUUAAAUCAAUACUAUCCUGAAUAUAUCACAAAAUAUAUAUUGGAUACAUGCAUGAUAAUAGACGCUCCUGAUUAUGACAUGGGCAAGUUUAAUACACCACAUCUUUAUCCUUUUGAAGGUAUUAAAUUAGUUAAUUUAACCCCGUCUAUUCCGUGGCUAAAAUAUAAUAAUUUAUUAAAAAUGAUUAAUAGACCAUUUAGAUUAUUAAUUCAAUUCAUCGGUUUAAUUAUAUCUACUUAUCUUCUCCCUAUAAGUUUUGCAAUAUAUUAUGUUUUAAAUUAUUUUAAUAUUAUUAAUUAUAUUGCAAAUUAUGGUGGGACAGUUUAUGUUUAUUAUCGGUUUCGUAUUUCUCAUUAUACUUCAAAACCUACAAUUACUUUUAUGCUACCUUACUUCAAAUUUGGUAGUUAUCCUGAAAUACAUUUAGAUAGUUAUCAUAGUUAUAUCAAUGAAAUUUUAAGACCUUCAGCUAGUCCAUUCACUAAAACAAUAAUAAAAGAGAUAUAUGAAACUUGGGAUGGUGAGGUUUUGAUUAAUUUUAAAUGGAACUUAUACGGAAAAUAUUAUUAUGCUAUAAUUUGGAUGGUAUUUAAUUCUUUAUUUGGAUGCUUUACUGCUGCUGCAGUACUUUCUGAAGAUUAUAUAACUAAAUUUACUAGGGAUAUACUUUUUAAAGCUUCAUUUAUUCUAGCAACUAUUCACACAAUCAUGAGAUAUCGUCAAACAUAUUUUGACAUUAGUUCUUUGUUAGGUGAUUUAAGCGUUCUAGGAAAUUGGGAAUAUAAGAAGAAUCCAUUUUUUGUUAUAUUGUUGACAUUUUUAUUUUUCAUUGUCGUAUUAUUUCUUUUGAAUUUACUUAUCGGGUUGCUUUCUAAUGCAAUUGAUGAAGAUAAUAAUAGAAUUGCAUACUUGUUACAUAAAGCAGAGGUCUUUGUUUAG